AUGGCGAAAAAUCUCAAAAGGCUUUCUAAAAAGGAGCGUUACUGUACAGAUUCUUUGAACAUUAUCGAGCGCAUGGUUGCAAAUUAUUCAGAUGAAACAGACAGGGACAAAUUGGACACUUGGAUGGACAGGUUAGAAUCGAUAUUUAGUCAGUAUGAGGAAAUUAGGCUUGAGAUGGAUUUAUUAGACGAUAGUGAGGUUGCGCUGAAACGCUCGGAUAGUGUUAACGUGAAUGAUGUUACGAUUGCCGGAGAUCAAAUUCAGACUUCUCGGGAGGAAUUUGAAGUAGCCUAUUUGAGAUUAAAAGCUUUUCUCCAAUCAGAAAUGCGGAAACGCUCGUGUGCCUCCGACCAAGCAAAUGUUAGCCAUGCUGAGCAGGCACCCAUAUCCCAACCAGCUCAAUUCCGAGUGAAACUGCCGGAGAUUAGACUUCCUCUUUUCGAUGGGUCUGUUAAGGAAUGGCCAACUUUUAGAGAUUCAUUCAAGUCAUUGAUCGAUUCCGCUCCUCAACUCAGCAGCAUAGAUAAAUUUUCAUAUUUAAUUUCGGCGCUUUCCAAGGAAGCUAAACGUGUGGUUGAGGUUAUCGAUGUGACGUCAGAAAAUUAUUAUGUGGCUUGGGAGAUGCUUCAAAGACGGUACGAGAACAAAUAUUUGAUUGUUAAGUCCUACGUCGAUUCCCUGUUUGCGGUAGAGCCUAUGAAAAAAGAGUGUCACGAAUCACUGAACCAUCUUAUCGACGAAUAUGAGAGAAAUUUGAUGAUGCUAGAAAGGGUAGGAGAAGAAACGGAAAAUUGGAGUACAUUGCUAAUUUUUAUGUUGAGCUCACGACUCGAUCCAGUUACCAUGCGUCAUUGGGAAUCUCACCGCAAAUCAAAAAAUGUCCCAACCUACUACGAACUGACUGAUUUUUUGCGUAGUCAUAGUCUUGUUCUACAAUCUGUCGCGGCGUCCAAAACUCGCACGGUUGAUACUCCUCGAUCAUUUUCCUCUUCACUUCGAAGCACAUUUACUAAAUUGAACUCCGCUCAUCCUGCAAUCUCGCCUCCUCAAAAGACCUGUCCAUUCUGCAAACAUUCUUUCCAUUCUUCAUUUAAUGGUGAAGCAUUUCGCAAGAUGACGGCAAUCCAACGAUUCGAAGCUGCAAAAAAGAACGCAUUAUGCAUAAACUGUCUUUCGCCGGCGCAUCUAGUGAGAAACUGCACAAGUGGAGCCUGUCGUGUGUGCAACCAGAAACACCAUACAAUGCUGCAUCAACAGACUAAUUCGUCAAAUAGCCAAAUUAACCAUACCCAGCCUAACAAACCCUCUUUGUCCGGAAUGCAACCAUCUCCUUCGUCAUCCACUCCGACCAAGCUCUCAAUACCUUCGCAGUCACGCAACCUGCCACAAUCUACUGAGAACCAAGUCCCCACAGUCUCCGCUCUCUCAACCAACCACUUGUCGUCACCUUCCGACAUUAUUCGUGGACAACUUCCUUCGACUGUGUUACUCUCGACGGCGCUCGUGAAAGUGUUUGACUCUUGCGGAAGGUUCAUCUGGGCCCGUGCUCUUCUCGACUCAGGAUCGCAACUAAAUUUCGUAUCGGAGCAACUGAUCCAGAAAUUAGGACUCAAACGUGUACGAGAAUUCGUUCCAAUCAGCGGCGUUGGACUCUCGUCUACAGCAUCCAAACAUUCUACUAUCGUUCGCCUUCAGUCCCAUCGCGCUGAUUUCGAAGCAUGCUGGAAAUUCCACGUACUUUCAAAAAUUACAAUGGAACUACCAUCCCAAGCAGUUGACAUGUCCCGACUGAACUGGCCACUUAACAUCGUCUUAGCAGACCCAACUUUCCAUCAACCCGGUCCUAUCGAUCUAAUAUUUGGAGUGGAAAAUUUCUACGAUCUGUUGCGGGAGGGACAGAUCAAAAAUAGUCAUGAGGAACCUCUAUUGCAGAGUACCGCUCUUGGGUGGGUGGUGUCAGGCCGAGUCAACGUAGUUGCUUUACCGUCGUUCACGAGCUUCGCACAUAUGUGUAGUACACCGUCAUUAGAAGAACAAUUAACACGCUUCUGGGAGAUUGAAGCUUGUCAUUCGAAAAGCACAUUAUCGUUAGAGAAGUCUGCUUGUGAAGAACAUUUCGCAACCAAUACUAUUCGAAAUUCUUCAGGUCGUUUCGUCGUCGCCUUGCCAAAGAGAAGUUCAGUGAUCGCAGAGCUAGGAAACUCAAAGGCCAUUGCUACUCGUCGCUUUCUUUCCCUCGAACGUCGCCUUACUGCAAAUCCUGUACUGAAAGAAGCUUAUUCUGAAUUCAUUCACGAGUACGCCCAGCUCGGGCAUAUGAAGCUGAUUAAUGAUAUUGCCGAUUCUGAUCGAUCCUCUCCGUCCUAUUAUUUGCCUCACCAUUGCGUCGUCCGACCAGAUAGCAUCACCACUAAACUCCGUGUGGUCUUCGAUGCUUCGUGCUCCACAGACACAGGAGUGUCUUUAAACGACUUACUAAUGGUCGGUCCACUCGUGCAGGAUGACCUUCUUACCAUUAUCCUACGAUUUCGGAUGCCACAGUUUGCUAUCAUCUCUGACAUCGAAAAGAUGUAUAGGCAAAUUCUGGUCUGUGACAAUGAUCAGCCACUCCAACGAAUAUUAUGGAGAGACUUACCAUCACAACAGAUUCUGAGCUACCAGCUAACAACGGUUACGUACGGUACAUCAUCAGCUCCUUACCUCGCAACAAAGAGUCUCCAGAGACUGGCUGAAGACAGUUCGGAAAAGUUUCCAGUAGCAGCAGAAGUCAUCCGACGAGACUUUUACAUGGACGAUAUGCUUAGUGGGGUCGACAGCGUGGAAGAAGGCCAAGAACUCUGUAGGCAGUUGAUUCAUGUGAUGAACUCUGCUGGAUUUCAGCUCCGGAAAUGGGCUUCAAAUGAGCCCAAGGUUCUAGAAGGAAUUCCACUCCCCCUAAGGGACGAACGAACUAUUUUCGACCUCGACUCGUCGGUUUCGCCGAUAAAGACACUGGGUUUGCAGUGGGAUACAUCGACAGAUGCAUUUCUUUUCGAAGCUCCGAAGCACAGUGAACAGAUACCAAUAACCAAACGCGUGGUUCUGUCGGAUAUCGCUCGGCUUUUUGACCCUCUGGGGUUAGUUGGGCCAAUCGUCGUCUUAGCAAAACUGUUCAUGCAAGAGCUUUGGCGAGAAGGAAAAAAUUGGGAUGAUGCGCUUUGCGAUUCUCAUCAACGUUAUUGGUCAGAAUUUCGCGAUGAUCUUCACGCUCUUUCGUUAAUGAAAAUACCUCGAUGGGUCGUGUCUACACCAUACGCUGUUUGUUUGGAGCUACAUGGGUUUUGCGACGCUUCGGAGAAGGCGUACGGCGCUUGCAUUUACGUCCGCGCAGUCUCUUCCAGCGGAAGCAUCCACGUUAACUUGCUGACCGCCAAAUCUAAGGUGGCACCGAUUGGAAAAACGAAAAAAGAUGGUACCGUCUGUUUGCCACGUCUGGAGCUCUCUGCAGCCCUCUUGCUAAGCCAUCUCGUCGAAAAGGUUCAAUCUAGCCUAAACCUUAAAGGUAGCAGUUUCUUCUGGACCGAUUCAACUAUAGUCCUUGCCUGGCUCUCCGCCAGUCCAUCGCGCUGGAAAACUUUUGUGGCAAAUCGGACCUCAGAAAUCCAGCGAAUCACAACCAAAGGCAUCUGGGCACAUGUUCCAGGUACAGAAAACCCAGCAGAUGUCAUUUCGAGAGGAAUAUCACCAACACAGCUACACGAUUUCGUUCUGUGGUGGAGUGGGCCGCCAUGGCUCUCGAUGCCGUCUCGAUUUUGGUCACCAUUUACACGCCCCUCCGCAGAAACAUUCACUCCCGAACAACUAGAAGAACGAGUGAUUGCCCUUCCAAUUCAGGUCCAGCCUCCUAAUGAGUUGUUUCUGCGUUAUUCAUCCUUCAACAAACUCGUACGUGUUGUAUCGUGGAUCCAAAGAUUCAGUUUUAACUCGAGGAUUCAGAACCGUUACGGAAGGAAACCCGGGUUUCUUUCAGUAAUUGAAAUUAAACAGGCUACACACUGCCUGGUGAAACUCGCUCAGGAUGAAAGAUUCUCUCAGGAUCUCGCGGAAGUAGCUCUAAAUGGGCAAGUCAAACAGAAUUCUCGAUUGAAAACUCUUACUCCAAUACUAACGAAUGGCGUAUUGCGUGUCGGUGGCCGGCUGCGCCAUGCUCCCGUAAGCUACGACCAACGGCAUCCGAUGAUCCUGCCGGACAAACAUCCUUUCACUGAGCUACUAGUAGUUCACUACCACCGAAAGCUUUUACAUGCUGGUCCGCAGUUGCUAAUUGCCACCAUUCGUGAAAGAUUCUGGCCGCUGCGAAUAAGAAACCUUGCCCGCCAAGCUGUUCACUCCUGCGUCAGCUGUUUUCGUUGCAAACCUAAGAUCCUGCAACAGUUAAUGGGUGAACUUCCACCGGAGCGCGUUACACCAGCAUUCCCGUUUCUCCGCACGGGUUUGGAUUACUGUGGACCUUUUUAUUAUCGUCAAUCUCGCCGAGCUGCCCCUGUUAAAUGUUUUGUUUCCAUUUUCGUAUGCCUUGUAACGAAGGCGGUCCACAUUGAGUGCGUUGGAGACCUAUCGACCAACUCAUUCCUAGCUGCUCUGAAACGGUUUGUCGCUCGCCGAGGGAAACCAGAGUUGAUUGAGUGCGACAAUGCAACCAACUUUAAAGGAGCUCAACGCGAACUGAACGAUUUAGCCCAACUAUUCGUAUCUCAGCAGCACCAAGAACUGAUCACUACCAACUGUACGGAAAAUGGGAUUACGUUCAAAUUCAUACCUCCUAGAUCCCCAAAUUUCGGCGGGCUCUGGGAAGCAGCCGUCAAGUCGCUGAAGAAACACUUGCGCAGCACGGUCGGCAAUGUUGUACUGUAUCAGGACGAAUUUCUUACUACACUAACUCAAAUUGAAAGUUGCCUAAAUUCUCGUCCACUCACUCAGCUCAGUUCGGACCCUAACGAUCUGGAAGUGCUUACUCCUGGGCAUUUCUUGGUACAUCGAUCACUGGCCGCCAUUCCAGAACCAAGUCUCGAAGAUGUGCCUUCCAACCGCUUAGACCGAUGGCAGCAAACACAGGAAUACGUCCGGCGAAUUUGGAAGCAGUGGCAGUCGGAAUAUUUGUCCGGGUUGCAGCCUCGUACUCAAUGGACUCAACAACGAGACGACAUUUCGGUGGGUACCAUGGUACUGGUGAAGGAAGAAAACCUUCCACCACUUAAAUGGAAAUUCGGACGAAUACUACAAGUCUUCACGGCUGAUGAUGGCAACAUCCGGGUAGUAACCGUUAGGACGAAGGACGGUGAAUUUCGUCGUGGAAUCUCCAAAAUCUGCGUAUUGCCCAUUCAGAGACCUACGGAAUACCUCGAUGAUGAAGCCACUGAUCCACACGAAGGAACCUAG